AUGUCAGAGACCCUAGGACAGGUGCUUUUUAUUGCUGAGCUUGUAUUUGUUUGCUGUUUUUUUGCCGUUGGAGCAUACCGUGCCGCGGUUGAAGCGUUCCGAAUCGGACGUAAUACACAGUCGUUUGAUGAGCUCGCUGUUCCGGUAUGGACAGAUCUUCUGGAGUCGGAUUCAGGUACCGAAGAAAGCAACACUCAGCAGUACCAAAAUGUCCAGACCAUGACUGAUACCGGCACACAAACAGACGCGGCUCCUGUCGUCAAUGCUCCGGUCGACCAAGAGCCACUUUGGCGUCUUCAGCUUUGCAACAAGCUGGAUGCCAUAAUAGCUAGCAAUCUGCAGCUCCAGGCCACUGCUGCCGCCACGUCAGCCCAGGCAAGUGUGAUCAAUCGGCAACAGCGUGAGCUGGACGAAGCGAACAGAGUCAACGCGACUUUGACUGCAGACGUCAAUGAAAGUUUAGCGACAGCGAGCCAGCGUGCUUGGAAAGUGAAACACCUGGAACUCGAAGCGGAGUUUUCAGGUAACCAAGCCAGUCGCUGGCGAAUUAACUGCAACAAUCUCGUCCACCGAUUGGACAAGUCCAAACUGGAAAAGGAGCAUCGCAUCAUUUCCGGUAAGGAACUAAAGACUUCACGGGAACAAUGUGAACAGGCGCAAAAUACAGCCAAUGAGGCGCAGAGACAGCAAGCAGAAAGUGAGAAGAAAGCUGAAGCUCGGUUAGAUUCAUUGAAGGAUCGUAUUACUGAACUAGAGGAUGAGAAAUCGACUGCUCUUGGCCAGAAAGAUGAAGCUCUGCAGCAGCUAGAGACUCGCUCGAAAGAGGCAAAGGAUGACGAGGCGGCACAUCAAAAGGCCAUCGAGAUAGUCAAAAAUAACGCCGCCGCAGAACUCGCAAAAGCACGGUCUGCUGAUAACACAGACAAUGAUGUACUGCUCAGGGACAACAAGAAGCUCGCCGAUGAGAUCGAUUUGCUUAAAAAAGAGCAAGCAAAGCUCGCUUCCCAGAACUCGACAGCCGAACAAGAGAAUGCCGCGCUCGAGGCAAAGAAUAAGGAAUACGAGAGAGGCAUCGCUGAGGGGAAAGAGUUGGUCGCAAGCCACGUCAAGACGAUCAAUGAUCUAAAGCUGCAGAAGAAGGAGCUUGAGAAUGCUAAGGAGGAGUUGGACGCAGAGACGGAGGCGUUGAGAGGAGAAUUAACGGAUUCUAAGGCAGCCAAAGAGAGGGUCGAGGCAGAAUUGAAAGAGCUGCAAGACCAACAGAUUGCGUCCAACGAAGCAAAAGAAGCCAUGACAAGGGAAUUGAAAGAGCUUCGUGAGUUCAAGGAGCGCCGAGAGCAGGCGGACAGGACCUUGAAUGCCAAUGCCGGUGCCUUUGGCGAUAACCUUUUUGCAGAUGUGCCAGAUACAACCGACAUCGCAGACACCCAGGACACGGAGUUUGCUAGCUCUCAACUUCAAACCCAGCCUGAUGGAGUGGUCGGUACCGAGGUUCGAGAUUCAUAUGAUCCAUUCAACCCCGACGCUGGCUUUACAACAAGCGCUGCUGAUAUCGAGAACACGGAGGCUGCUGUUCCUCAAAUCCAAGCUCAGCAAGAUGGAGAUCCUGAAGUUGAUGCCUGGGCAGAGGAACUCGCGGCUGGAACUUGGGCUCACACAACCGACCAUACUGGCUAUAUGGACACAGACCCUACCGCACCAACCAGUCAAGAUCAGCCAAAUGAAGCCUCGACUUCUGAUGCAUACGAUCCCUCCAAUCCUACCGCCAGACAAAAUGAAGGUAGCGCUGGUGCUGGUGCCUUUGAUCUAAGCACCGUGGAUCGUAACAAAUUGAAGGGCACUAAUUGGGGUUUAAUUGAUGCCGGUGUGAGGUUUAGCAAUGCAAACACAGGUGCACCUCAGGAUUCCCAUCACUACCAGGGCAAUCAGGCCGAUCACCAAAGCAUUGAGGCUGCCCAGGAUGCUCAUCCAUUGCAACAGGCGAAUGAUGAUAAUGAUGCAAUGGACACUUCGGAGGGUCCUGCAGGGCUUGACGAGCAACCAACAUGGUCGCAUACCAACGCUGCAGGUGGAAUUCCGGGUCUCGUGGGAAAUGUCAACCCAGGGCCAGGGACAGGCGGAAGCAUUCAUGAAUUGUUGGGAUCCUUGAUACCGCCUCGUGGUUCAGAACAUGGGCCACCAUCCAGAGAAAUAACUAUGGAUGACCGACACAAUGUCGCUGACGUCGUCGCACAACUGUCGUCUCAACCGCCAACAACCUCCACCCCCGCGGGCCCUUCCAACGCUCCUUUUGCUACCCGACCUUCGGAACAAGCGCCUGUAGACGUCCCAAUGAACGAUGCCGUCGUAGCUCCGAGGACGAAUCCUAUCCAAGGGAGGCACAUAAGGACCCCACAUCUUCCUCGCCAGUCACAGUCCGUCGGCGCUCCUGAUUUGCCUGAUCAGAUCAACCAAGGGACACAGAUCCCAGGGCUAGUCACGGCGCCCGCUGUGACAGCCCAGGCUAAUCAGAGAGUACAUCGCCCAUCACCGGAGUUUGAUCCCGCUACGGCGGCUCGGAUUUAUGGAGGAGCACAGCGCCCACAGCAUCCAUUACCGCUUGUUUCUCCCGCGACAGCUGCCCAGGCUGAUCAAAGAGUACAUCGUCCAUCACAAGAAUUUGGUGCCGCUGCGGCGGCUCGGAUUUAUGGAGGAGCACCGCGCCCACAGCAUUCAUUACCGCUCGUUUCUCCCGCAACAGCAGCCCAGGCAAGUCGCGGGCCACUUGGCACAAAACCUUUCCAGGAUUUCAAUCUGCCAAUUCGACCGACACAAGUCCCGCAAGAUCAACAAUCUGGACAUGUUUCAACGACCGGCUUGAUCAAUAAGUCACUCAAGCCGACAAAUGAAGGAGCACAAGGCUCAGAACAAAAGGAAACACCUGUCGAAAAGCCUGUUAUGAAAAAGAGGAAGCCGCGCGACAAUCCGAUGGUAAUCAAGUCCACGACAGCUUGUGGCCGAAAGGAUCAGACACCGGCCAAAUCUCGGACCGGUGAUGAGGGCCAGACAACAAAAGAGACGGCAGCUGCUCAGCAGCCUGCCCCUCAAGAGUCUACCCCCGCCGAACAGCCCACCCCCCUCAAGAACCUGUCCCUGCCCAACAGCCCAUCCCCGCUCAAGAGUCUGCCCCCACCCAACAGCCCACCCCCGCUCAAGAUUCUGGCCGGCCUCCACAGCCGUGCCGCCGGAAAACAGCGUGCCCCCGCAGAUGAGCCUCCCCCUCCUCAACAGCCUCUACCCGAGUUUGAACACACAAGUGCCCAAGCUGCAGUGAGGGCCAUGGUCCCGGUGGACUGGGCCCUCCUUGGUGACGGCACGGAUGAAGACGGAAAGCCAAACACUGAGACGAAAGAUGAUAAUAUCGGUAAGAGCGCUAGACGCGCGACGGGAGCGGUUAUUGACGAUGAUCAGAAUGAUGAGAUAGCUCCCAAAGAUGGAGAGGGCGAGGCAAAAGCACCCUCUGCUCAAGAGAAGGUGCAAGAGAAAGCGCCUGCGAGUGAUUCAGGAGAGGAGGACGACAUCACGGAUUGGUCGAUCGAUUAA